AGGUCAGCCGUGGGUGGAAGGGGACAGGGUCUAGGCCCUGGGCUGGGCGCCUCAGCCCUUGUAGGUUCUGCUGUGAGUGCCUUUUCCCCCAGUGGCUGGGGAGAGGUGGCAGUUGCUAAAGCAGUUUGAAUUUGCCUUGUGUGUGAAAUCUGCCACUAUCCACUUACUGCUUAUCUCCUUCCCAUAUUUUGUUUUUUACUUAAAGUUUUCAGGAAGUGUGAGAAGUUUGAACCCUCUACAAACAGCAGUAGUCUGCUGGCCCUGGCCCCCAGACCUAGUUGCUAUGGAAACAACACUGAUGAACUGGUCUUCUUCUUCUAAGCAUUUUCUGUUAUGAAGAUCUCUCUGAGUACCCAGUUUCCCUGAAAAGAGCUAAAACAGCAGGUUCCCUGGGUGGCCUCAGACAUGUUCACUGCAGAAUGUCUUAUGAUAGAAACUGGAAAAAACCUUAGGGCAUUGGGUAGGUGAAUGGGAGCACAUCCCUAAGGUAGGUCUCUGCAGCCAUACAGAACUACCUGGGAGAGGAUUAGCAGGGUAAAUGUAAAAACACGUGACUAAAGAAAAGAAACAGCUUGUAUACUUUUAUCCUUUUUUAAGAAAUGAAAAAAAAAAAAAAAGGAAAAAUGUGUAUCUAGAAAAAAGAUUGACCCAAAGGCAGCAAAAACUAACAGUUGUGCUUAGAGCCAAGUAGGAGGAUUGCAAGGUUUUAUUUCUGUAUUUUCAUGCUUGUUUAUGUUUUCUAAAUUUUAUUAAUUGAGCAUGUAUUUCUUUUGAUUUUAGAAAAAAAUAUUUUGACCCACUGUCCAUAUGUGAUUUUCAAAUGUUAGAAGUAUGAUUCUCAUACAAACAGCCCAUGUCAUGUUAUUUAGCUCAUUAAUAAAGGACCUACCAGAAUGACAAUGCCUGUUCACAGAGAAUACACAGAAAUAGGAUUCUUGUAGAGAGUGAAUAAAAGGGCUAUUAAAAUAGCCCUGGGUUGGUUACAGAAUUGUAUUACUGUGUAAUGAAACCCAGCUUUGGGGAUCAUCCUUCAUCCUGGGUGGAAAGGAAACGUAACUGACCUUAUCAGUGUUCUGUAGUUAACCUCUGAUAUUGCAGAUUGUGACUGGGCAUGAUCAUGGUAAAUACCAUGCUUAAUUUUCCCAAAAGUCAAGUGAUCCUGAGGGCUUUCUGAAACAGUGAUCUGACGUGGUAAAAAAAGUCUUCCUCUUUGACUUCAUUUCCAGGUUUUGGUGAGCUGCCUUAAACACAAGAUGCUGGCAUCCACAGUGAGCAGGAGUAGUCUUCAGGUCCAGGCAGGGCUCAAGGCCCUGUGGCUGCUGCCUUACGGCGCCUGGUGGCGUGGCUACCUGGUCACACUGCAGCAGUGGGCUGGCACUCUUAUUAAUUUGUUUGUAUUCAGUUUUUUAAAGGCAACAUUCAGUGCAGUAGAACAACUGAAUCUUAUCAGAGAAAGAAUAAGAACAAGGUUUGGAGAAAUGUUUUCUCAAAGCAGAGAUCUUCAGAGAUGGGUUUCAGAUGGACUGAUGAGGCAGCCCUUCCGGGCUUCCUUCCUCCUGGCUCUGCCUCCACCAUGAGGAGAGAACAGAAGGACUUGGUGCUCUUGGAUUUCCAGUUCUGCCCCUAGAGGUCACACUUCAGUUCUCACUCGGGCUUGAUGUGAGGCAGGGGUGCAGCGGGAACAGUGGUGACCCCAGUGUCCUUUUUGCCUAAGGUGAGAGAGAAGUUGUCAGGUCGGGGAGUAGAAAUGUCUGCAGAAGGAGACCUAGAGCUUGUCCCAUCACCACCUGUGCUGCCCGCCAGACCAAGGCCCAUCAGAACCUCUCUGGGCUCCCACCUGGUGACUCAGGAUGAGCCACAGCUGUCCCACUGAGAUACCACAGAGCAGCUAACAGGGCUCUGCAGGACUCCGGGGGAGGCUGACCAGCAAACCCCAGGACAGGCAGAGUGGGGGUGGCUGGGAACCGGCCUUCUACCCUCAGGGCUCAGGCGGUUGAGUACAGCUCCUUCCUGCCUUCUCAGCUGGAGGAUGUUGAAUGGCACCAAGACCAGUGCACAGGCUUGCCCAGGGGCUCUGUGCACACUACUGUGUGGGGCGUGAGCACCAGAUCAGAUGGGGGAGUUGGUGAUGGUCUGGUAUUUAUGAUCUGCCAUCUCUGUGUGUAACUGGCUCCUUGCCUGGGAUUGCCACCGUGGCCUGCUGGGUCUCAGCUCCGGCUUGCCUGCUUGAUCUGUCUGCAGGUCUGCUUUUAGCUAUGGUCCUAUUUCCAAAUGGGUGCCCAGAAUGCUUGGGAACCAUUUCAUCUCUGUAAUUAAGAUUAAGUGAACCAACCAAAUGUGCCUGGCACAUAGUAGAUGCCUCAGCCCUUGACUUCUAUAUUUCUGUAUAUUUCUUCUCAUAUUCAGACACUGGAGCUUAAUAUGUACAACACUGGAGUUGGCUGGAAGCAGGUAACGUGCAUGGGUCAGAAAGUGAGUACACGGGGUCCAGGUGCUCCGAUCAGUCCCCUGGAGCAUUGUUAAACUUGGAGACGUGAGGUACACUGGGGUCUAGCUGUCAUACAACCAGAGUACUGAGCCACGAGGUGUUGGUCUUGGAGAGAAUAACUUCUGGCCAUCGUCUAUCAGAAGGUGCAUCCACAUGCUCCAAGAGCAGGAACACACGAGGGGUGGAACAGCAUGGACCCUUCCGAUCCCAGAAGAGAUGUGAAUGUGGCCCCAGAGCUGGCGCCUCGCCUGUAGCGUCCGUAAGGAGGUGCACAGUGGGCGAGGUCUCGUUCCAGCAUUCCCGCCCCCGCAGAGCUGUGCCCUCUGUGGAGUUGCUCUUGCACCCUCCUGUCUGCCAGUGGGGGUGAUCUUGCAGUGUGAGGUCGUGUGCGUGCAUGAGGGGAGGAAGCAGAGAUCGAAGGCAGAUACAUGAGGACCCCAGCGCCAGCUGCACCGUCUCCUCUCACAAGCCACAGCACAGGACCCAGCAGCUCCCCAUUGGCCCUGGAAGAGCUUUGGUGCACAGUUUGGGACAAUGACUCCUGUGAGCGACAGGGGCACACCCGACAGUGUUUUUGACCUGGACUACACUUCCUGGGAGACCCGCUCCACGCUGGUGGUCGCCGGCUUUGUCUUCUACCUGGGCGUCUUCGUGGCCUGCCACCAGCUGUCGUCCUCCCUCAACGCCACUUACCGUUCUCUAGGGGCCAGAGAGAAGGUCUUCUGGGACCUGGCAGCCACGCGUGCUGUCUUUGGCAUCCAGAGCACGUCUGCGGGCUUGUGGGCUCUGCUGGGGGACCCUGUGCUUCAGGCUGACAAAGCAUGUGGCCAGCAAAACUGGUGCUGGUUCCACGUCACCACGGCCACAGGCUUCUUCUUCUUUGAGAAUGUGGCUGUCCACCUAUCCAACCUGUUCUUCCGCACCUUUGACUUGUUCUUGGUCGUGCACCACCUCUUUGCCUUUCUUGGAUUUCUAGGCUCAGCAGUCAAUCUCAGAGCUGGCCACUACCUAGCGAUGACCACAUUGCUGCUGGAGAUGAGCACCCCCUUUACCUGCAUUUCCUGGAUGCUCUUAAAGGCCGGCUGGUCCGAGACGCUGUUCUGGAAGCUCAACCAGUGGCUGAUGAUCCACAUGUUUCACUGCCGCAUGGUCCUCACCUACCACAUGUGGUGGGUGUGCUUCUGGCACUGGGGAAGCCUCGUCAGCAGCCUGUACCUGCCCCAUUUGGCACUGUUCCUUGUGGGGCUGGCCCUGUUGACCCUCAUCAUUAAUCCAUACUGGACCCACAAGAAGACCCAGCAGCUUCUCAAUCCAGUGGAUUGGAACUUUGCACAGCCUGAAACCAAGAGCAGCUGGCCGGAGAGGCCCAACGGUCAGGUGCUGCAGAAGAAGCAGCCAUAGUUAGAACCAGGCGGACCACUGUGUCUGUAGAUGGGGGCGCGUGGGUUCCACAGAGCUCCAAGAACAGUGACUUGCAACGAAAAAGGUCACGAAUGUGUAGCGCUAAGUGAGAUCCUAACUUUCUAGUCAUUAGUGUUAAUUCUGAAGUAGCCACAGAGUAUUACUAGGCCCUCUGUCACCUUCCGGAGCAGAUCUCUGCUCUUGUACUUCCUGGAAUCCUCUGGCUGGUCCCUGCAGCCAGUUAGCAUGGAGGAAGAGCCCUGUGGCAGGCACAUGGCCAGCUGAGGAGAACUUGUGGGGACUUGCAUGACUUCUCAGCAGUGACUUGGCAAGCAUGGUCCAGUCCAAGUUGACUCUUCCUGGCCACAGGCUCACAUUCUGUGUGUCCUUUUUGGAGGACAGUGUCAUUUGGUUGGAAAGGAUCGGCCUAAGGAAGGAAUGUGAUCUGUUGACCCUUCAAAAUCCCAGAAUAUGGUAUCUUAAAAACUGUUGCCUAGCGGUACCCCCUAGUGGCAGUGGCAUCCAUUGCUGGGACCCAGGAGAGGAGCCUGCCACCCUGGAUGCCACCUGCUCUGCUGGCGUGCGGGUUAUAAAGACUUCCACUUAUUUUUUUUUUUUAAUCAAGAAACAUUUUAAACAGAAUUUUUAUUGACAUUGUAUUGCUCAGUUGGCAAAAUAAGGUAAGUGUUCAGCAAGCAGAUGUGUCUGGAUUUCAGAGCCAUUUUUACUUGAUGGUUGCAUAUAGGUACCCAGACCAGACCCUAAAUCCUUGAUUGGCAUUUGUCUGUGGAUUUCAAGGCAAGGUAGUGAGGACUUGUUCCCAGAGAUGUGAGGUUGGCCCUGGUGGCCCUGGACAGACCUGCAACCAGCUCCUGAGAAGGGGUCCCCCAGCCCCCUGGCUUUUACCACACUGUGCCCAGGUAGAAUUUGCACACCAGCUUAGCAGUGUUAUUGACAGACCCACAAGCAUUUUAUUCCCCCAUUUUAUUCACGGCACCUUUGAAUAAGUGCUUGCAGAAAACACGUGUUUAUUGCUCUAAAAUCAUGUGACUCCUGCUUGUUUGCAUCAUGGAACUCUUGGAAUAGUGUGUUUUGAUGACUGGUGCUUUAACUUUAUUGAUUGUAUUUAGAUCAAGAUAUAUACCUAUUUAUCUCAUCCUAAAAUUAUUUAAGCUGUGUCCCAGCUGAGAUCAUUAACUAAGAACCCCAUUGCUCCUGACAGCUGCUCCGUUGUCCCCUGUCUCAUGGAACCAGCAUUAGCUGGUGGUUUUCCACUGGGCGGAAGUUUAAUAAAGCAACUGAUGUUUCCAGAACCUGAAUGGAUGUCGGUGCCCAUCUCUUAAAGUGGACUUACCUCACUGUUCAGGCCUGGGAGCGUGUCAUCUUGGAGAUGCAGGAUGUGACCAUCAAACCUCAUGUGCUCAAGCUGCACUUUCAAAUGUUGGUCUGAACCUGUUUCUGCACUUCACUGGGGAUAUGUCCUCCUCGGGGAUUCGCACUUCGCCUUCUGUUCCUUAGUGGCCAGGACUGCUUGGCCCACCCGCUCAGGUGGGCAUCCCGCGUGCGUGGCUCCUUUCUGAGCGGGGACUUGUCAGUAAGGAGCAGGAGGCUUCUGUGCCUCCGUUGCCCUGGGACGCUGGCCCCUCAGGCAGCACAGUGCCCGUCCCCACCAGCAUGUGAGUGGGCCUGUCACAGCCAGCGUGGUAUUGCUAGUGCCGAGCUGGCCCUGUCCACCCAGUGACCCACCCUAACCACCAGCCAGCACCCGUGCCCCGUGCCUCACGCGUCAUCUGUUGGCACUGGAGCAGAUGUUACCUGGGAGGCUCCGAGGAACGGCUUCUGGCCCCACUGGCAGGGCUGGGAGAUGGGCCGCCCGGAAGACAGGUCCUGGGGAGGAAAACACGCCCAGGCCAGGCUGGCUCUCCGGCUCGCCGCGUGCCGCACCUUGGCACUGCGCUUUCUCUCUCGGUGGGGAAAUGUUUCUUGGGGCUCCUGGUGUUUUCAAAAUUGGACAAGCAGAUGGGCCAGGAAGGCUGAGAGACUCAGAAUGGUGGGACAGAGGGCAUUUUCACUGAGGGGGAGACUUCCUGUCCCCCACCCCCUUUUAUUUAUUUUUUAUUUUUCCCUGUAGCUUUAUUGAGGUAAAAUUGAAAUACAAUAAAAUGCAUAUAUUUGAAGUA